UCCAUCGGCAUCAAUGGCGCUCAGCUCCGACGACGUCCGGUUCUCCAAGCGGCUGACGUACGUACUGCGCCAUGGCGCCGUGAACCUCAAGCUCCCGAUCUCGGCCGAUGGCUACGUGCCGCUGAGCGCGAUCUUUGCCAUGCGCGACUUUAAGAAGUUCGCGCUCGCCGACCUCGAGCGUGUCGUCGCGCUGGACUCGAAGCAGCGCUUCUCGCUCGACAUGAAUGACGCCGAUAGCAGCCAGUGGCGCAUCCGCGCCAACCAGGGCCACUCGAUUCCAGUUGUCCUCGACACGGAGCUGCUGACGCCCAUCCAACCGGACGAGGCCAUCGGCCUCGUGUGCAUCCACGGAACGUACCUUCGCCAUUGGGAGGCCAUCUUCCACCAAGGCCUCUGCCGCAUGAAGCGCAACCACAUUCACUUUGCCGCUGGCGAUGUGGGUGCGAACGAGGUCAUUAGCGGCAUGCGCACGUCCGUCCAGCUCAAGAUCUACGUCGACGUUGCCAAGGUGCUGGCGGAUGGCAUUCCGUUUUUCCGCUCAGCCAACAACGUCCUCUUGUGUGCUGGUGCUGGCGAAAAGGGUCUUCUCGAUCGCCGCUACUUUAGCAAGGUCGUCCGCGUGCAAGAUGCGGCAGUGCUGUACACGCCGGCCAUGGACGACGACGCAUAAAGUUAACGCUUCUCAACUACAUGUCACCUCUAUUAUGAACGCAA